CCAACACAAAAAUAAUACUAACCUAUUUUAAAAGUGGUCGAUCCACAGUUGAAAAGUGCGCGCUCGUCCAUUUUAUCAACAUGGUAGGCCACUCCUGGAAGUAGAGUGCAGAUGGAGUAUGUGAUGUAAAUACAUGGUAGUUAUGGCUGUAGUUAAAAGAUCAUCAGAUGCUAACAACGGUGUUCCCCAACCGAGAAAAAGGCGGAAGACAGGGGAUGGAGAAGGCGAUCCUGAGCUGCAUCCUGACUUCGAUGAGGAGGGUCUUUCAGUUGGAAUUAUUGAGAGGAUAGUCCUCAAGAAUUUCAUGUGCCAUGGACAUUUGGAUUUCUCUUUUGGACCAAAUGUCAACUUUGUUGUAGGCAGUAAUGGGAGUGGUAAGAGUGCUGUUCUUACUGCAUUAGUUGUUGGGUUAGGGGGUAAGGCAACCAUAACAGGAAGGGGAACCUCUAUGAAGAACUUUGUAAAAAAUCAGAAAAGUUACGCAGAAAUUAUGAUAAGACUGAGUAAUAAGGGUACAGACGGGUAUAAGAGAGAUUUAUACGGUGACUCGCUGACGGUGGUCCGUCGCAUCAAUCAGGACGGCCAAACGUCUUACAAACUGAAGAGUGAUAAAGGAGUUGUGAUCUCUACAAAAAAGGAAGAGUUGACUCAUAUACUCGACCAGUUUAACAUCCAAGUCGACAAUCCAGUGUCCAUCCUGAAUCAAGACACAAGCCGUAACUUUCUUCAGUCAAAGCUUCCAACUGAUAAAUACAAGUUCUUUUUGAAAGCAACUCAACUUCAGCAGAUGACAAAUGAUUACAGCACUAUACAAGAGCAGAAAGACAUAAUGGAAGAAACAUUACUGAGAAAGGAGGAAGAUCUAGAAGGUCUUGAAAAAGAUGUUCUGGAAAAGGAACAAAAAUUUAAGGAUUUAACGGCACUCGGUACACUGAAUGAGAAGAAGGAACAGCUAAUUAAAAUGUCCGCAUGGGCCCAGGUAGCCGUCAUUGAACGAGAAAUUGAACCAAUUAACAGGAACAUGAAGAAAGAAGACAACCGCACUCCAAAGUUUGAUCAGAAAAUUGAGGAGUCGAAUAUGAAGCAGAGCCAUGUAGCUGAAGAAUAUCAAGAUAUCAACAACUCGUUAGAGGAGCUAUUACAGAACGCGAAUCACUUGAAACCAGAUGUUGAUGUUGCUAAGCGAGAAUGUGAUAAAGAAAAAGCAAGAUUGAAAGAAAGUCAGAAGAAUUUAAAAGAGAUUAGAAGCAGCUUAAGAACACUUAGGGAUGAAAAGAAGGAAUUAGAGGAUGAGAUUUCUAAUUUAAAAAACAGUGCUCAUCAAGACUACGAAGAGGAGCGAUUGCUGCGAGAGGCUUCAAUCAACGAAAAGAAAAACGAGAAAGAGUCUUUUGAAAAGAAUCUGAAUGACAAGGAGCAUGAGCUGCAACAGUUCACCAGCGCUGUGAAACGAGACCGGGCUAAGAUGGGACAAAUUAAACAGCAGCAGGAAGAAUUUUCCAGGCAGCUGCAUGAUCAGAAUACUCAAUUGAAUCGACUCAAGUCAAGUCAGGCUAAUCGCUUGAAGAUCUAUGGUGAUUUUACACCAAGGCUACUGGAAGAGAUCGCCAAAGCAACUAGGAACAAGCUCUUUCAUAGGCAGCCUAAAGGACCAAUCGGAUCCUUGAUUUCAUUGGUGGAAGAUAAGUGGGCCCUUGCCAUUGAGUGUUGUUUAAAAAGCCUGGUGUAUGCUUACAUUUGCCAUGAUUACCAUGAUGAGAAGACACUGAAACAGAUAAUGAAGAGAGUCAUCCCUCACAGCUUCAAGCCAGUUGUUAUUGUGUCUUCAUUUGAGGAUAAGAAGUAUUCGGAUUUGACGCAAGUUAGGUCUGAGUUUCCAUGUCUUCUAGAUCAGAUAUCAGUUGAAGACCCUGAUGUUUUCAACUGCCUUAUUGACCAACGAGGAAUUGAAUUUGUAAUCUUGGUAGAGGAGGGAAGACAGGCGAGAGAUUACAUGUUCCGAUCUCCUCCUCAAAACUGUAAAGAGUGUUUUACCUUGGAAGGAGAUCAGAUUUAUCCGGGUAAAAACCAGAGAUCUUACGCCUCCACCCAAACAAAGGCACAAGUUCUUAAAGCUAGUUUGGAUGAUGAAGUUGGAGAAACACUGAAUGACAUUGAAAUGACAAAGCAAAACGUGAGUCGAAUUCAAGAGGAGGUGAAACAGGUUUCCAAUAGUAUGAGGCAAAAUCAAACUCAGGAGAGAAAUCUGUUGGUACAUAGGAAGAAGAUUCAAGACAAGAUCAGUCAACUGACACUGGAAAUUAAUGAGCUGCUGGCUACGGAAGAACCUGCUAAUGUAGACGUCAGCACCUUAGAAGGAGAGGUUGAGAAAUAUCAGAUUGAAAUCAUGGGCCUAUCGGUUCUCUAUUGGUUAUUACAGGAUGAACUGAAGAAGAAGUACACUGAGCUUGAGACUGCCAAGCAGCACUGCACACAUUACAACAAUAAGAAAAAGGAGCACUUAAAAGUACUUGCCGACUUACAAAAGGAACUCGAAGCAAAGCAAAAAGAAAUAGAGAGUGCACAAGAGAAAGCAAGAUCUAUAUGCGCAGAACGAAUUGAAACUCGCAGAACUGCUCAGAAUAUUGAUAGUGAAAUCAACCAAAUCAGUAAACGUAUCGAGAAAGAGCGUAAAAGCCGUGGGGACCCAGAACAGAUCACGAGAGAGUACUAUGAUGCAAAAAAUAAAUUCAUUGAGAUCACUACGCAGAUGAAAAACUUUAAAGCUUUUGUAACGAAACUUGAAGAACUGUUAAAAAUGAGGCGACACACUUAUCUAGAAUUCAGACGUUUCAUUGCCAUGCGGGCGAAGUGUUACUUUGCCAUGAUGCUAUCUCAGAGAGGCUACAGUGGCAAGAUGUCAUUUCAACACAAUGAAAAUCAAUUGCACAUUGCUGCUUUAGAAGCGUGCUUAAGAGACCGAGAGAACGCUUAUUUUAGGUUUAGGAAAGUUAUUGGAGUGGCAGUGCGGAUUAAGUUUGUGCAGUUAAUAUCUAAAAGAGGAUUUGAAGGAAAGUUGACGAUGAACCAUAAGGACCGUGUCCUAAGCAUCCAGGUCCAUCCUCAUCAAGGAGAAGGGUCUGCAUCUAAAGAUAUGAAAGGAUUAUCUGGGGGUGAAAGGUCAUUUUCUACCGUGUGCUUCAUCAUGGCGUUGUGGGAGUCGAUGGAAUCACCAUUUAGAGCAUUAGAUGAGUUUGAUGUAUUUAUGGACAUGGUAAACCGAAAGAUUAGUAUGGACCUGAUGUUGAAAGUUGCCAAAGAACAGAAGAUGAGACAGUUCAUCUUCCUCACUCCUCUUGACAUGAGUAAAAUCAAAGCCAACCCACUUGUACGGAUUUCACGCUUGAAUGACCCGGAGAGGAAUCAGAAUGCCUUGCCCUUUCAACCAGAAGAGGAUGAGUAAUAGGUCACAACACAAACCUUGUAAAUAUGUAAUGUUUGUUGAUGUGUGCUAUUAAACUUUUUGUAUGCCCACCUUGAACUUUUGUAGAUAAAAUAGUAUGAUCAGAAACUUUGAAAUCCCAUCGUUUAAAUACAAUUGUUAUAGUACGAUCAAUCUUUUAGAAGCAAUGGCCAUUUAAAACAACUUCAAAUUUGUUAUUGUGAUUUCUGCAAGGCACUUGGUAGCACUUUUAUGUGGGAAAUGAGCCAAUAUAUGGUGUAGAAUUAAUUCCAGCCAAUCACAGAAGCAAUAGUUAUUGGUUUUUCUAGAUAUGUAACUGUUUUUUUAUGGUCAUCUUUGAAUAGAAAAAUAAGAGGUCUUCUUUUAUUUUUAAAAAGACCCAGACAAUAAUUUUUUCCCCUUGAAUAUGACAAUCGUAUAUAAAAACGGCUGAAAAAAUAGAACAUUAUUAUAAUUUUUUUUUUAUGGUUAUCUGCACUGAAUGUGACUGGCUACAAGUGUUUCAUAUUUCCAAAAACUGUUGCACAACAAAACCUACUCUAGCCAAUCAUUUACUGAGUGGGAGACAGCAUAAACAAAAAUCUGCAUGAUGUUUCUUGGCCCUGUUAUGUGCUGUUGUCCCCGCUGUCAGCAAAUAGGCCUUAAUUUUAUAGUAUUAUUUGCUAUUAGCAUGUAUAUAAUUUUUAGCUAUAUAAUGAAUGUUCUACAAAUUUAGUAUAUUACAGUAUUAUUUAGAUGAAUAAGUAAUUAGAUAAUAAUUGUUUUGUUUAUUUCUUUGUACUGUUUUAUAGUAAAUACAAAGCUCUCAGCUAUGCUGUCUUUGUAUAUCAUGAAUAAAAAAAUAAAUAAAUAUAAAAAAAAGAUACGAGCAUUCCUAAGCUCCGCCCACACUGUCAAAUUUAUGCGAAAUCUGUGAUUUACCCAUAGUGUAUGACAUGAUCAUGGCCAUAUAUGUGUCGUAUGACAUCGUGCCCAUAUAUGGGCAACAGAGCUUAAAAUUUAUCAUUAAGGUUAAUUAAAAAUAUAUCCAUUUGUCUUGUUAAUUAGACCUACUACAAAAAUAAUUCUUGAUUGCAGCCAGUUUGGGUGGUUCUGUAAGGUUUAUGAAGAUUACACGAUGUGAAGGUGCUUCUAUGUAAUAAUUUAAUCUAUGUUGUUUGUAAUGUACAAGAUGUUUGUUUAUUUAGAUGGCUGAAUUGCCCUUUAAAUUAUCAUCAUAACAAUAAGAAAAGAUGUCCAUAAAGUCAAAGAAAAUAUCAGUUUCAAAUGCUUCAGUGCUUUUAUAUUCAACUGUCACUACUAAAAUUCAAACAUCAAGCAAAUACCUAAAUAUUAAUAUUAUUUAGCAAUUAUUAUAGUCAUGAUCUAUACACUAGACGAGAAUUAGUGCAUAGAUACAUAUCACGUGCUAAACACAAUGAAGUGCAUAAUAUACAAUAUGUGUAAUCUAGGUAAGCAGCAGUCUCAUUUUGACAUCUAAAUAUAUUUUGUGAUUCUAAAAAUUUCCUGUGCAUUUUUGACGUAUUUCAACUCAUGUAGUAAAAUUCAUGAUAAAUCAGUACACUAUUAUAUUUUUCACAAACUAGAAAACGUGGUUUUAUGGUCUUUCACACCCUGUCUUCACGAAAUUUGAAUUGCUUGUAUACUGUCCUGUGACAUCACUUGACAUUUUUAAGUGUACUAUGCAUUAUUAAUUUGAAUUCAACUCAUUUAAUGUACUUUAUUAUUAUACAUGUCACAUUCUGUGACCUAUGACAUCACUUGACCUAUUGAAAUUGAUAUUUAAUAAAGGUUUUUAAGUGUACCAUGCUUUAUUAAA